CCCAAGUCUGCAGCGGCGCCAUUGGCGUGUGGAAAAUGCCACCAGAUGGCGGGUUAGGAUUGCAGCUCCGUUGAAGGCGCGGCCCCCGCUCCCGAACCCCCGGCGACCACCCCGUAACAACCCCCCCACAUCGGGAAUAACACACCGGAGACUUUUGGGGGGAAACUAGGUCCACGGCCGGCGGCGCCCGGAUGGGCAGCUGAGGGCUGGCCUAAGUGCUCUUCCUUUGUGUUUUACUGGUAUGCUGUGCCAGGGCUGCUAUGACUGUGGAAUUGGUGUUCUGCAUAAAGGAUUGCCUUUGAGGUUAUUUUUAAAGUUUUGAGUUGUACAGCACUUGAUUCUUUUGCUCCAUUGUGGAAAGAUCUCUCCAGCAAUGAUUACUUCGGAGUUACCAGUGUUACAGGAUUCAACUAAUGAAACUACUGCUCAUUCUGAUGCUGGCAGCGAACUUGAAGAAACUGAAGUCAAAGGGAAAAGGAAAAGGGGUCGUCCUGGCCGGCCUCCAUCUACAAAUAAGAAACCUCGAAAAUCUCCAGGAGAGAAGAGUAGAAUUGAAGCUGGAAUUAGAGGAACAGGCCGUGGAAGAGCUAAUGGGCACCCUCAACAGAAUGGUGAAGGGGAGCCUGUCACAUUAUUUGAAGUGGUGAAACUGGGGAAAAGUGCAAUGCAGUCCGUGGUGGAUGACUGGAUUGAAUCAUAUAAACAAGACAGGGACAUCGCACUUCUGGAUUUAAUCAACUUUUUUAUCCAGUGUUCAGGAUGUCGAGGUACUGUGAGAAUAGAGAUGUUUCGAAAUAUGCAGAAUGCAGAAAUCAUCAGAAAAAUGACUGAAGAAUUUGAUGAGGACAGUGGUGAUUAUCCCCUUACCAUGCCUGGACCUCAGUGGAAAAAAUUUCGUUCAAACUUUUGUGAAUUUAUUGGCGUCCUGAUUCGACAGUGUCAGUAUAGCAUAAUUUAUGAUGAAUAUAUGAUGGACACAGUAAUCUCCCUUUUGACUGGUUUGUCAGACUCCCAGGUCAGAGCUUUUAGGCAUACAAGCACCCUUGCUGCCAUGAAGCUCAUGACUGCUUUGGUGAAUGUUGCCUUAAACCUCAGUAUUCAUCAGGAUAAUACACAGAGACAAUAUGAAGCUGAAAGAAAUAAAAUGAUUGGGAAAAGAGCCAAUGAAAGGUUGGAGUUACUACUUCAGAAACGCAAAGAGCUACAAGAAAAUCAGGAUGAAAUCGAAAAUAUGAUGAACUCUAUUUUUAAGGGUAUAUUUGUUCAUAGAUACCGUGAUGCUAUUGCUGAGAUUAGAGCCAUUUGUAUUGAAGAAAUUGGAGUAUGGAUGAAAAUGUAUAGUGAUGCUUUCCUAAAUGACAGUUACCUAAAAUAUGUUGGUUGGACUCUUCAUGACAGGGUAAGUUACUCUGUUCCAGGCUUUGAUAGAAGGCCCACAAAUUCCUGGGAACCAUGGAGUUCAAGGUUCUCAGCUGCAUCCACCCAGCAAGGAGAAGUCAGGCUAAAGUGUUUGAAAGCUCUACAGAGUCUGUAUACCAACAGAGAAUUAUUCCCCAAAUUGGAGCUAUUCACAAACCGAUUCAAGGAUCGCAUUGUAUCAAUGACACUUGAUAAGGAAUAUGAUGUUGCUGUGGAAGCUAUUCGAUUGGUUACUCUGAUACUUCAUGGAAGUGAAGAAGCUCUUUCUAAUGAAGAUUGUGAAAAUGUUUACCACUUGGUGUACUCAGCACAUCGCCCUGUUGCUGUUGCAGCUGGAGAAUUCCUUCACAAAAAGCUGUUUAGCAGACAUGACCCACAAGCAGAAGAAGCGUUAGCAAAAAGGAGGGGAAGGAACAGUCCGAAUGGGAAUCUCAUUAGGAUGCUGGUUCUUUUCUUUCUUGAAAGUGAGUUGCACGAACAUGCAGCCUACUUGGUGGACAGUUUGUGGGAGAGUUCUCAAGAACUGUUGAAAGACUGGGAAUGUAUGACAGAGUUGCUAUUAGAAGAACCUGUUCAAGGAGAGGAAGCAAUGUCUGACCGUCAAGAGAGUGCUCUAAUAGAGCUAAUGGUUUGUACAAUUCGUCAAGCUGCUGAGGCACAUCCUCCUGUGGGAAGGGGUACUGGCAAGAGAGUGCUAACUGCCAAAGAAAGGAAAACUCAAAUAGAUGAUAGAAACAAAUUGACUGAGCAUUUUAUUAUCACACUUCCUAUGUUGUUAUCAAAGUAUUCUGCAGAUGCAGAGAAAGUAGCAAACUUGCUACAAAUCCCACAGUAUUUUGAUCUAGAAAUUUAUAGCACAGGUAGAAUGGAAAAGCAUCUGGAUGCUUUAUUAAAACAGAUUAAGUUUGUUGUGGAGAAACAUGUAGAAUCAGAUGUUCUAGAAGCCUGCAGUAAAACCUAUAGCAUCUUAUGCAGUGAAGAGUAUACCAUCCAGAAUAGAGUUGACAUAGCUCGAAGCCAGCUGAUUGAUGAGUUUGUAGAUCGAUUCAAUCAUUCUGUGGAGGAUCUAUUGCAAGAGGGAGAAGAAGCUGAUGAUGAUGAUAUUUACAACGUUCUUUCUACAUUAAAGCGAUUAACCUCUUUUCACAACGCUCAUGAUCUCACAAAAUGGGAUCUGUUUGGUAAUUGCUACAGAUUAUUGAAGACUGGAAUUGAACAUGGAGCUAUGCCAGAACAGAUAGUCGUACAGGCAUUGCAGUGUUCCCAUUACUCAAUUCUUUGGCAGUUGGUGAAAAUUACUGAUGGUUCUCCUUCCAAAGAGGAUUUGUUGGUAUUGAGGAAAACCGUGAAAUCCUUUUUGGCUGUUUGCCAACAGUGCCUAUCUAAUGUUAAUACUCCAGUAAAGGAACAGGCUUUCAUGUUACUCUGUGAUCUUUUGAUGAUUUUUAGCCACCAAUUAAUGACAGGUGGCAGAGAAGGCCUUCAGCCUUUGGUGUUUAAUCCAGAUACUGGACUUCAGUCUGAACUCCUCAGUUUUGUGAUGGAUCACGUUUUCAUUGACCAAGAUGAGGAAAACCAGAGCAUGGAGGGUGAUGAAGAAGAUGAAGCAAAUAAAAUUGAGGCCUUACAUAAAAGAAGGAAUCUACUUGCUGCCUUCAGCAAACUUAUCAUUUAUGAUAUUGUUGACAUGCAUGCAGCUGCAGACAUCUUUAAACACUACAUGAAGUAUUACAAUGACUAUGGUGAUAUUAUUAAGGAAACACUGAGUAAAACCAGGCAGAUUGAUAAAAUUCAAUGUGCCAAGACCCUCAUUCUCAGUUUACAGCAGUUGUUUAAUGAACUUGUUCAAGAGCAAGGUCCCAAUCUAGAUAGGACAUCUGCCCAUGUCAGUGGCAUUAAAGAAUUGGCACGUCGCUUUGCCCUUACAUUUGGACUGGACCAAAUCAAGACACGAGAAGCAGUUGCCACGCUUCACAAGGAUGGCAUAGAAUUUGCCUUUAAAUACCAAAAUCAGAAAGGACAAGAGUAUCCACCUCCUAAUCUGGCUUUCCUGGAAGUACUAAGUGAAUUUUCUUCUAAACUUCUUCGACAGGACAAAAAGACUGUUCAUUCAUACCUAGAAAAAUUCCUUACGGAGCAGAUGAUGGAAAGGAGGGAAGAUGUGUGGCUUCCUCUCAUCUCCUAUAGAAAUUCGUUAGUCACUGGAGGUGAAGAUGAUAGAAUGUCUGUGAACAGUGGAAGUAGCAGCAGCAAAACCUCCUCAGUAAGGAGUAAGAAAGGACGACCCCCCCUUCAUAAGAAACGAGUAGAAGAUGAGAGCCUGGAUAAUACAUGGCUAAAUAGGACUGACACCAUGAUUCAGACCCCUGGACCUCUGCCAGCACCACAGCUCACUUCCACUGUCCUGCGGGAGAACAGCCGGCCCAUGGGAGAGCAGAUUCAGGAGCCUGAGUCUGAACAUGGUUCUGAACCCGACUUCUUACACAAUCCUCAGAUGCAGAUCUCUUGGUUAGGCCAGCCAAAAUUAGAAGACUUAAAUCGGAAGGACAGAACAGGAAUGAACUACAUGAAAGUGAGAACUGGAGUGAGGCAUGCCGUUCGGGGCUUAAUGGAGGAAGAUGCUGAGCCCAUCUUUGAAGACGUGAUGAUGUCAUCCCGGAGCCAAUUAGAAGAUAUGAAUGAAGAAUUUGAAGACACCAUGGUUAUUGAUCUGCCCCCAUCAAGAAAUCGGCGAGAGAGAGCUGAGCUGAGGCCAGAUUUCUUCGAUUCUGCAGCUAUCAUAGAAGACGAUUCAGGAUUUGGAAUGCCUAUGUUCUGAAGUCUGAAGAAAAUUUACAAAUAUGGAACUCUAUUAUUUAGAGCUAGAGGCCUAUAUACUGUGAUAGCUUGUAUGGGGAAUAAACACUUUUGAUGUGAUCUGAUUUGUUUUUUAAUCAAAUGAUUGAGGUCAAUCCCCUUGUGCAGUGACAGAAGAGGAGCAUGUAACUUACCCAAGGGAAUGCUGGUGAAUAUCACCUCAGAAAGACUGACCUGAAAAAUCAUUUGUGUCCUAAUAUUGGACUUACCCAAUACAGAUAGACGUGUUUUUCUGGAAGGAGGAAAAAAUUUUAAAUUUUUAAAACAGCUGUCAAGAUAAACACUGUUAUACACCUGUUUUAUGAAAACUCAGCAUUGAGUAAAAAAAUAUUUUUAACUUUAUUUUCCUGUUGUACAAUUUAAAAACCGUUUUAACAUUUUGCCUUUUUAUGUUUUAAAAGCUAACCAUUUUUAUUAAACCUACGAGUAAGCAGCUCAUUUUAAUUGCCGAAGAGUGUUUUGGAGCUCACUGGAUUUGGUUGACCUUGUGGAAUACAGAAAUAUGGAGGAGCAGAAUAUUGACAAGCUAAGAUGAUCUGACAGUGCAUCUCUGCCAAAACCACACGCCCUCUAUGGAUAUGGAUUCCCAGAUUUUAUAUACUCUUGAAUAAAAAGGUUUAUUUUUAUUUAUAACGGGGGCAUAAAAUAAGAAAUGUCCAUGCAGCCAUUUUUCCAACAGAUGCUGUACACCGUUCAUUUUAUAUAGAAUAGGGAGAUUCAAAUACAGUACAUUUUCUAUUGGUAUUUGUUCUGUGCAUUUUUAGCAACUUCUACCAGCAAAUAAAGUAUUCUCAGUAAAACAAAAAUGGUUCUCAAGUUAUCAGUUUGCUGUUUUAUCACUUAUUUCAUGCCCUGCCAAAUUGAAGUAACAUGGACUUCCAUUUUCUUAAAAAGAUAAUCACACAGAACUCCUUUGCCAUGCAAAAGUAAUUUUAAGUGUAACAUAACUGUGUCUACUUCCCAUGCACUUAAUACCUUUAUGCGCUAAUUUUGUGAAUUAAGUUUACCGAUUAUAGAAGUAUGUGCUGCAUAGAAGUCUGUGCUUAGAGGGUGAAGUUCCUAAGCUUACCUUGAAAUACAGCUACAUUUCAGUGUUAAAUGUGCAUAUUGAGAAUAAUUCUUUUGGGGAAAGAAAUUAUGAAUCUUCAGGACAGCCUUCAAUGGUUUAGAGUUACAGACUGCUUAGAUCUUCUAUGACUUGCUGCUAUUGUUUUUAAAAGCCCACUUAGUUGCUUCCUUUCUGAUUUUUAAAGUAAGCCUCAAUUUCCAAACCAAUCCAUCCAUAACUGUUUCUGGGCUUGUUUUUAAAGUAGCUGCAACAGAAUCAUGAGGUCUGCCCUUUGUACCAAAAAUGAAAAGCAUUUUUUAAAAUCUGUGCACCCAAUGAUUAUCUUUUGUCCAGGAAAGAAAAAUGGAUUUUCUUCAUCCUUUUAGUAAACAAACACAAAACAGAUUUUUCUCAACAUUUGUGUAGUUCUGAAAAAAAAACUCAGUUGCCAAAAAUGUUUUAUCUGCUGAUCUAGCAAUUCCUGGGCUCCAGUUAGGGGUAGGGUGGGGUCUUGCUUUCUUCAGAGAUGUGGACUUCCUUGGAAGUAAAGGGGCAGGAAUGCCCGGGACAGUCCACCACGCCCGCCCUGCCUGUGGUUGUGGCCAGGAAGCAAGCUGGAGGUGCCCUGCACACGCACAGAUUGAUCCUUUGCUUGACAGUCUCAUAUGGGAAACAGAUGCUGACUUAGAAUCGUAGACUCCCAUGCAACAAAAAGGCUUAACAUCUACUCCAAUGGGUUCCCAGUUCAGUUUAAAAUCAAUCGAAAUUUUGUAUUUUCAGUGUCUCCUUGAUUGGUUUUGCUAGUAAUUCUGUAAAUUGUACAUUUGCAAUAUGAGGUUUUUUUCCUUUUGUACAAUUUGAAACUGAUGCUUCACCUUUCCUUUAAUAAACUAUUCAAAAUCA